CAGCACCGCCGCCACCGCCGUUCUAGGUACUGGAGACCUCGGCUGCGCGCAGGCGGCGCCCGCGCCUCCGCUCCCCAGCCAGCCCGCGCGCCCGUCCGCCCGCCCGGCAAUCUCCCGCCUCCUGCUGCUGCUGCCGCCGCAGAAUCGGCGGCACCGCCUCUCGCCUUCCAGUUUCUGCCCCUUGCUGCACAACAGCAAGAGAAAGAAAUCAAGGAGCCACGCCUGUAAUUUACCAGAUAAGCCCAGCAGGGUCAAUAGACAAACUGAGUUCCCAGAAAAACAGCUACAGGCAUCUGAAGAUAAACCACUUCAUACAGCUUUUACCUUAAAGCCAACCUGGAAGACUGAUUCCCAGUUACAAGUCAGACCUGGUUUAUGAAAUGGACUGAAGCUGAAAACUCAUCUACUUCUUUGUCUAAAUUUGAUACAAUUGGGAUGGUCUUAAGUGCAUACAACUAGACUGUAACUGCAGCUAUGAGUUCAGACGAGAAGGGCAUAUCCCCUGCUCAUAAGACUUCUACUCCAACCCAUAGAAGUGCCUCCUCUUUGACAUCCUCCCAAAGGGACAGUAGACAGAGUAUCCAUAUACUAGAGAGGACUGCUUCCUCUGGCACUGAGCCCUCCAUAAGUCGGCAACUGCUAGAACCGGAGCCAGUCUCCCUCUCCAAGGAAGCUGACAGCUGGGAAAUUAUAGAAGGGCUGAAAAUAGGCCAAACCAAUGUCCAGAGACCAGACAAACAUGAAGGCUUUAUGCUGAAGAAAAGAAAAUGGCCUUUAAAAGGCUGGCACAAGCGUUUUUUUGUCCUGGAUAAUGGAAUGUUAAAGUAUUCAAAGGCACCACUCGAUAUUCAAAAAGGAAAAGUACACGGGAGCAUCGAUGUUGGACUCUCGGUCAUGUCAAUUAAAAAGAAAGCUCGGAGAAUAGACCUUGACACAGAAGAGCACAUCUAUCAUUUGAAGGUGAAAUCCCAGGACUGGUUUGAUGCGUGGGUCUCCAAGCUGCGCCAUCAUCGAUUGUAUCGGCAGAAUGAAAUUGUGAGGUCACCAAGAGAUGCUAGCUUUCACAUAUUUCCUUCAACCUCCACAGCUGAAUCCUCACCAGCUGCUAAUGUUUCUGUUGUGGAUGGAAAGGUACAACCAAACAGCUGUCCAUGGCAGUCCCCUUUACCAUGCAGCAACAGCCUCCCUGCAACUUGCACGACUGGCCAGAGCAAAGUGGCAGCCUGGUUACAGGACUCAGAAGAAAUGGACAGGUGUGCAGAAGACCUUGCGCACUGCCAGUCAAACCUUGUGGAACUUAGCAAACUCUUGCAAAAUUUGGAAAUACUUCAGAGAACUCAGUCAGCACCUAACUUUACUGACAUGCAGGCUAACUGUGUAGAUAUUUCAAAGAAAGACAAGCGGGUCACAAGACGAUGGAGAACAAAAAGUGUCAGCAAAGAUACAAAAAUACAACUGCAGGUUCCUUUCAGUGCGACCAUGUCACCAGUUCGCUUGCAUUCCUCCAACCCCAACCUUUGUGCAGAUAUUGAAUUUCAGACUCCCCCUAGCCACCUCACUGACCCUCUGGAAAGUUCGACAGAUUAUACAAAACUUCAGGAAGAAUUUUGUCUAAUUGCACAGAAAGUGCAUUCUCUUUUGAAGUCUGCAUUUAAUAGCAUAGCUAUAGAGAAAGAGAAACUUAAGCAGAUGGUUUCUGAACAGGAUCACAAUAAAGGCCACAGCACGCAGAUGGCACGGCUUCGACAGUCACUGUCUCAGGCUGGUGAGCAAAUUCAUGUCAGUCUCCCCCUGUCGCAGCAAGUAGCCAAUGAGAGCCGCCUCUCCAUGUCGGAGUCUGUCUCUGAGUUCUUCGAUGCCCAAGAAGUGCUCCUCUCUGCAAGCUCGUCAGAGAAUGAGGCUUCAGACGAUGAGUCUUACAUCAGUGAUGUGAGUGAUAAUAUAUCUGAAGACAACACCAGUGUUGCAGACAACAUUUCUCGGCAAAUCUUAAAUGGGGAGCUUACAGGGGGGGCCUUCCGAAACGGACGUCGGACACGCCUGCCAGCUCCCUGUCCUGACACCAGUAACAUUAACCUGUGGAAUAUCUUGAGAAACAACAUUGGUAAAGACCUAUCCAAAGUCUCUAUGCCUGUGGAGCUAAAUGAGCCACUCAACACUCUGCAGCAUCUCUGCGAGGAAAUAGAAUACAGUGAGCUUCUGGACAAGGCUUCGGAAACCGAUGAUCCUUAUGAGCGCAUGGUUCUUAUUGCUGCAUUUGCAGUUUCAGGAUAUUGCUCCACCUAUUUCAGAGCAGGAAGUAAGCCAUUCAACCCUGUCCUUGGAGAGACUUAUGAAUGCAUUAGAGAGGACAAGGGAUUCCGCUUUUUCUCAGAACAGGUUAGCCAUCAUCCACCCAUUUCUGCCUGUCACUGUGAAUCCAAGAAUUUUGUGUUUUGGCAAGAUAUCAGAUGGAAAAACAAGUUCUGGGGGAAGUCUAUGGAAAUCCUGCCUGUUGGAACACUGAAUGUCAUGCUUCCAAAGUAUGGAGAUUUCUACGUGUGGAAUAAAGUCACUACAUGCAUACACAACAUUCUCAGUGGGAGGAGAUGGAUAGAGCAUUAUGGAGAAGUAACCAUUAGAAAUACCAAAAGCAGUGUUUGCAUUUGCAAACUCACAUUUGUCAAGGUGAAUUAUUGGAAUUCUAACGUGAAUGAAGUCCAGGGGGUCGUGAUGGAUCAGGAGGGGAAGGUGGUGCACCGGCUGUUUGGGAAGUGGCAUGAAGGACUCUACUGCGGAGUGGCCCCUUCUGCAAAGUGCAUCUGGAGACCAGGUUCCAUGCCUACCAACUACGAGCUCUACUACGGUUUCACAAGGUUUGCCAUUGAGCUCAAUGAGUUAGAUCCUGUACUAAAAGAUCUUCUUCCACCAACAGACGCCCGAUUCCGGCCAGAUCAGAGAUUUUUGGAAGAAGGAAAUUUAGAAGCUGCAGCAGCAGAGAAGCAAAGAGUAGAGGAACUCCAGAGAUCUCGAAGACGAUACAUGGAAGAAAACAACCUUGAACAUAUACCAAAAUUCUUUAAAAAAGUGAUUGAUGCCAAUCAAAGAGAAGCCUGGGUUUCUAAUGACACCUACUGGGAGCUGCGAAGGGACCCUGGGUUUAGCAAAGUAGACAGCCCUGUUCUUUGGUAACCUGGGAAUGUAGAGCUAGCCAACAUAUCAUGCCCUGAAUGAAUAAAUAACUAUGCACAAUUAUGUUUCUUAGAGCUCCGCGUGGUUUCUGGGUCGACCGAACACCGACCAUUUGCUUUUCUAUUCAUCUUUAUAAUGGACUUUCAGAAGUGCAUUAGACAAGGCCCCUAACUACUUUUGGAUCCUUUCUGUGUUGCUGCAACCUUAUUCCUUAAAAAAAAAAAAAAAAAUCCACACCCUCCUCGAAAAGCAGAAUUAAAGGAGCAGAAUAUAAAAUCCAAAGUCUGAUGAGUUUGUAAGGAAAAACAAACUGUAACUGGUGCUCAAAGCUGAUCCAGAGAGUUUAAAGCAACAUGACAUAAACUGUACGUUCGGUCCUUUUUCUGGUCGCUCCAUCCCCUCAUUGUGGGAGCUCCUGGGCCAUGACAGUCGGUCAGCUCAGACUUCGAGUGUGUCUGUUUGAUGUGGUGUACUCGUGCUGGCCUUGUCAAUAAAGACGUGAUGCUUCUCA